ACAAAGAAACCCGCUCAUAGAAAAGCGUUGACGUCUGACUUUGGAGUCAAACGUGUGAAAUUAACGCAUAUCAAAAUGCCACAUUUAAUUUUGGCAAUAACAUACUUUAUAUCUGCUUACGGACCGAUGGUGAUUUGCGAUGUCACGACUAAAAAGAAUGAGGCCAGCAGGUCUUCGGGGGGAACCAAAGACAGAAAUGCAUUCUUCGCGCUGCGUAGUUGUCAUCAGAUUAUGCACGGAGACGGUGGCGAGUUCUUCUCUCCAGACUACCUGUGCUCCAACCCGCCUCUGUGGUGCAACUGGACCAUCCAGGUGCCCGCCGGGAAACGUGUGCACAUCCAGCUGGAGGACUUCACGCUGGCCGACUCCUGUCACCUGAAGACGGACCAAAUCCACCUGGACGAGUCGCCUGGUGCGGGUUUGAGUGCCGCGGUGACCGGCGAGACUGGUGACCACCGCAUCCUGGAGAAGUGCUGGAGGAAAGCGGAAUACACGUCUCACUCCAGUACCGUGCACGUGAUUCUACUCAUCACCCGUACACCCAACCCUCCACUCAGGGGAUUCUACGGACGUUUCAAGUCCCUUGGCGGGCUCCCUGGAACCCAGGAAGCCCUGAACGACAGGGCAGGCAUGGACGAUGCCUCAAACUCAAAUGAAUAUGAGAAGCAAGAGCCAUCUGACGUCCAUCAUAACCACGGUAAAACUGAACCGCUUGUGCCUGAUUCAGUCUCCGUACAGGUCGGUUAUUCUCCCAGUCAGAAUCCCUCCCCCACCAACAAAACAGCAGGUGGCCAUUUUGUUUCCCCAGCCCCUACCUCCAUGUCCAACAAGCUUCCCUCAGGGCCAAGGAGCCCAGAAGGUGAGGGGUCAGAGAAGGCGAGCGCCACAUGGAAAACCAUCAGAGGCCGAGGAGGAGGAGGAGGAGGAGGAGGAGGAGGAGGGCCUGACGCCAACUCUGUGAUGGCGGAGAAGAAGGCUGACCGUCCACAUGCCGACAGCCCCAGCACUGUGACGUCCACAGAUGACCCAGAGUCUGGGUUAAAGGUCAACCAGGCCCGGGGCAGGUCGUCUCACUCCGAGGGAGAGGUGGUCAAGGAGGAUGAGUAUCCUACCUUCAUCACCCAGUCGCCUGUGGCUGACACUCUCCAAAAUAUCGCUCAUUCUCCAUCGACUGAAAUCACUCUUCAAGACAAGACAGUAACAACAACCACCACAACACAAAGAGAAGUCGUGGAGGAUCCCAAUGUCGCUACCAACAUCCCAAAAGGUCAAAUUCCAAAGCCUAAAGUUCAAGCAGCAAAGAAACCAGGAAUAGAGGCCAAUUACAUAGAGAGAACACUUUCACAUCAAACCCCAAGGAACAUCACCCAUCAUCCACACCUACCUGGGGGUGAGACUUCAUUCCUUCCAGAAGGUUCCCCAGAAUUGAAUUCUCUGUCUGAAGCUUUUCUCUUCGAGGUGUCUGUGGAGGUUGCCUUCAGCCACCAGGCUGGGGAGGGUUGGGAGCAGCUGGUGACUGCUCUACUGACGUCACUGAAGAACAUGAUUAAAGAGGAAUUAAUGAGCUAUGCCCCAAAAACCAUAUCAUCACAGAGAAUUAAAAGGUUGAGCUCGGGGACUCUCUUCCUCCUCUGGCUUCAUUUCAGGGAGGGGCAUGAAGGGGCGCAGAUGCACAGGGUUCUCCACGGUGCGGCCGAGAGGCUCAGGGGUCGGAGUCUGCUCUCCCAGUGGGGCGGCACGGGGGGGCUCGUCGCCUACGUCAGCGUCACAGAUGUCAACGAGUGUGGCACCCAGCUGGCACAGUGCGACGCCCACGCGGAGUGUGUGAACCGGUUCGGCACCUACUCGUGCCGCUGUCACCCGGGCUACGCCGACAAGUCGCGCUCCGGCCCGGGAGGAACCAUCUGCGUAGACCCUGCCCUCUCCGGUUGUAGCUGGUCAUCCCCUGACAUCCUUAAAGGCAUCUACUGCGUCUGCUUCCUGCUCAGUUUCCUCAUCGCCCUGCUGCUUUUCGCCCUGACCGCUAUGUACCGCUGCCGCCACCAGGGGGUGUUCAUGCUCCGCUGCCAGAGCUGCAGCAACGGUAGCGGCCUGGCGACGGUCGCCAGCAGCGACGACAACAACAACAACAACAACGACAAUGGCAGCAGGAGUGGCUGCAUAAGAAUGUCCUCCAUCCGUAACCGACCUUUGCCCCCCCCUCCCGCACCCCCGACGCGGCGCCCCAAGGAGGGUUCAGACGGAGGGGGGUCCUUGGAGUCCCCUUUCAUGAGAUUCGGACCGCUGCCAAACUCGGACGGGUCCGAAACCAAGGUGUCGGAGCCCAGAGCAAAGCAGUGAUUCUGGGGCGUCCCUCUCCUCUCAAGACCUGACUAGGCCUCAGGAGUUCCGCGCCACUCACUCAUCAUUACUUUUGUGUGUUCGUUUGGAAUGUUUUGCUGCUUAAGUUCUAUACUAAUAAU